UGUUGCUGAGAAGGUGUGUUAGCAUUAAGUUAUCUCAACCUGAAAAAAACAUGUGAAGAUAAGAGGGUACUCAAACAGGCUUUUAGUCAGUUAUUAUGAUGUAUUAUCUCUGGGUAGAGUUAGUCGUGAGCCAAUAGUUGAGUUGUAAGAGUGAAAUAUGCUGAAGUGUCAAGCGUUUUUGGUUUUAUUUUUCCAGCUCAUAAUACUUUCAAUAGCUGACCAACAAAAUGAAACCUAUACAGCCGCAGUCAUUGAAUUCAAUCCACACAAAUUCUACACUCAACCAGAGUUUGCUUUUUACCUGAAUAUUGAGCAGUAUGCAAGGCUUACCAGCUACUUAAUGCAGAGUGCGAGUAAGAAGCCAGACUUGUUAGUAUUUCCUGAAACAGGAUUGCAGGGUGACAACGAUCCAUUUCCUCUGCGAAUUCCAAGGGCAGAAGACCAUGUUGUAGCCUGUCACAAUGACAAGUACCCUUUGGGCCUGAAAACAUUGUCAUGUAUAGCUCUGGAUGCACAUGUGUAUUUAGUUGUAAAUCUAGCUGAAGCCGAUUUCAACAGCACAUCAAAUAAAACAAAAAUCUACAGUACAACAAUUGCUUUUAACAGAGGUGGUGAAUUAAUUGCAAAAUACAGGAAAUACAACGCAUUAGAUAAAGGAGUGGAUAGUCCAAAUGAUGUGGACUAUUCAUUCUUCCUCACAGAUUUUGGUGUUACUUUUGGUAUUCUGGCCGGAGAGGAUCUGUUAUUCAAAGAGCCGGGUAUAACUCUUGCCAGAAGUUACAAAAUCAAACACUUCGUACAUCCGUCCAAGUGGUAUUCAGAGCUUCCUUUUCUUACUGCAAACCAAGUACAGUGGGCAUGGUCACAUGCUAUGAACAGUGUUCUCAUUUCGGCUGGUUACAAUGAUCCAGAAAAGGCCAACGGUGGAUCAGGGAUCUACAAGGGACUGCAAGGUCCUUUGGAAUACUCGUUGACAGAGAAGAGCGAGUCGUUUGCUUUGAUUGCGGAAAUUCCCAAGGAUACCUACACCAUUCCUUUCCAAAUUGACCUGAUAAGGCUGAAAACUGUGCCAACUGUCAAAAAAUACAGACUAGACGCAGUGGCCAAUCAGCCGAGCAUGAGAUCUGAAAUGAGUCUGGAGAACAUCGAGGAGAGACUGCGUAGCAUCCAUGAGAACGCCAACAAAAAAGUGCAACCGCCUCCAGAAGUCUUGGAGGUUCUCAGGGAUGAUGUGGAACGUUACUCGACUCUACUCAUCAAGCCAACAGUCCUGGGCACAGAGGCUAAUCUCACUUCAAACUCCACAAAGUUGGAAGGAGUGGCUGUACUCAAUAAAACGUUGUGUCAAGACGGAUUCUGUUGCAGUUUCACAGUGAUGAUGACUACAACCUAUACAAGGAAAGAUGCGUUUUUGAUGGACAGUAAUUAUGUGAGGGGGGACAACUUUGGUAACUAUAGGUACCGAUUGGCAGUUUUCAACGGACGGAGGAAAUUCGGCAGUGGAUCAAACACAAAGCAAGCAGCGUUUCAAAUAUGUGGAAUAAUUCCUUGUAUGAACGAUAGUGUAACCUCAUGUGCCCUUAGAACUGAUAACUUGAAUGAUGGUGCCACGGUUCGUAGAAACUACACACCUUUCCCAAUGACUCUAAAUGGUGUCACCUUUGUAAAAACCGGAACUAAAUUCAAUAGCAUUGUAAUGAGAGCGGAUGUCUCCGGAAACGACACAUCUGUCUUUCCUAACAUACUACUCGGGCCAAACACCAAUGAAAACUUUGGAUUGUUGCUUGAUUCGAAAUCUUUCUUGUUCACGAAAAAAGAGAUGAUGGAGAAACAAGGAAAUAAGGACGUACAAAAAUUGUCAGUGAAACUUUCAGUCACAGAUGAAAUUUCUAACUUGGCCAGUGCUAGUAUUUUCGCCAGGGUUUACAGUCUUGACAAUGGGAAGAGUUCAGCUAAUCGAGCAAGCUUCAUUUCAAUCAAAACUACUUUGAUAGGUUUCCUGUGUCUACUAUUAUCCAAGUAUCUCUAGACUUUUCUUUAUACGAUACACAAAUAAUAUCUAUAGACUGAACCACUAUAUAUUUAUUCUCGCAAAUAUGAUGAGCACAGCCUUACUCUUCCGAAAAAGUCAACCGAACUUCUCUCAUUACCUAUUCAGAAUGUGUGUUUUGUCAAGUGAUUAUUAGCUCCAACAUACUUCUAGCUCAAGUUGUAUUGGAUAAUUUAAUAAUAUUGAUUAUCUCAAUUAACUUAUAAUAAAAAAGUUGAAUAGUAACAGUUGUAUUACUAUAAAAUUUAUAAGGAGUACCCUAACUUUAAAAACGUUUAAAGCCACAAUAUUAAUACCUAGGCUACUUAUAGUUACUUAGUUAUAUAGCAUGUAGGCUUUAUUAAUUAUUAGGUAUUUCGAAUCCAAGUUUUGAUAAAACUCUUCCUUCUGUUA